CCUUAAUAAUUGGCUAGGUGAACUGUAAGAAUACCACGUUGUAAGAUAUAUUUGAAAAUGGCAGCUGAUGAUGAUGCUGAAGUAUUCGAGAUAACAGAUUUCACAACUGCAUCAGAAUGGGAAAGGUUUAUAUCUCGGGUCGAGGAAAUCUUACAUGAAUGGAAACUUGUCAGCACACCACCUAAACCACCUGCUCCUAAGGGUCUAUAUACAAAUGGAAGCUGGGAGGAAAGGACUGAGACCCUAGCAUUUGCAGAUUUCAAGUUCUCUCUCACGCAUUGCUGGCUUAAGUCAAAAGAUGAGAAAACAGAAAAAUCUGCGGAGAAAGAAAGUGGCGAGGAAGAGGAUGAUAGUGACAGAGAGAUAACUCCGACUGUACAUGGAGAUUUGAUGAACAUGGAAAAUGAUUUCCCAUCUAGAGCACACUGUAUAUGUAGAUGGUAUGGACUUCAGGAUUUUGUGACACUGAGUCCCACCAACAACACAGAGGCAGUACUAGGAGAGAGCCGAGCCAAACUUUUACUGUCCUCUGUAAACAUAGCUCUUACAGAUGCUGGAUGCUGUGUACCAGUAUUUGUGCAGAUUCAUCAGAAAUGGAGACGUUUGUACCAGGGUACCUGUGUGUUGCCUGGCUCGAACAUUGAGUUUGCUAUGGUACAUUUAAAAAGGACACCAGCACAGUAUAACCAUCUUGCUGGACUUCUAGAUGUGUUUAAAUCAAAACUUGGUUCUGUAGCUGAUCCAAGACCACCCGUGUCGGUUGCGGUCCGGUUCAUGUAUAUGCUGUAUGACUGGGUCAACUCCCCAUGGACACAGCCUCUGCCAGUUCAUAGCAGCAAAGUGAGAAAGUUAAAUGACUUUGAUGAUGAAGUUGGAUGUUCUGGGUUUGAGCAGCUGCCGUUCGGUGCAUGUGAGGACCCUGUCAGUGCCUUAAGUUUAUACUGCACAUGGCCAAGUCUAUCUGAGGAUAUGAUUGUAGAAAAUCAAGUUUAUUCUGACCUUGACCCUCUCCAAGCUCCUCAUUGGUCAGUUAGAAUACAGAUGACAGAGGAUCCACAAUGCUUGCUGGGAGAGUAUCUGAUAAAUUUCUUGGCACUUUGUCAUAGAAAAGAGACUUUAGAUCAGCUGAUAGGUGGGUUUGGUUCAGAAAUGAGAGAAAGUGACUCUACUGGAGAAAUUAGUAAUGCAUUACAGAAGUUAACUGAGCCAUCAGUAGGGUAUAACAUCCCAUCUCUAACGUCAUAUGUCUCUCAACCACAGAAACAAGCUGGCAAGGCUAAAGAUGCUCCGAUACAAGGGGAACUUUUGGACCAAAUUGUACAAUUCUUGUUCCCUGAUGCAGCUAAGCCAAUAUCUGCAGAUAAUGAAGAAGAAUAUAUGAGGGAGACCACGCCACAACCACCAAAGGAACUUCCCAAGCAAUUAAAGUCAUCACAGGUUGAUGGUCUGUUACAUAAAUUGGCUAUAUGCUUGUGUGUAUUGAACCAUAACCAUGGCGGUGUGUGUGCAGUGGCCCAGAUCUGGCAGGAAUUUAUCUUAGAAAUGAGAUAUAGAUGGGAAAAUAACUUCUUUAUUGAGGGGAUAGAAAAAGGACCACCUAAUUUAGGGUCUUGCUUACUCCAACAGAAAUUACAGAUGUUAAACUGUUGUAUAGAACAUAAGAAAAAGAGGGAACAGCUCCAUAAAGGUUAUACUGGGGAGCCAGAUUCCCCUCCAAGUUCCCCGUACAGGGGCCCCUCGACAUCCCAGGUGUCAAGAUCAAUGUCUCAUGACGAUAGUUUCAUUAACCAACCACAGAAACAAUCACAGUCAUCAGAAAACAUGUCCUGUAGUGCUGCAGAACAAUCAAGGACUGGUUUAUCCCUAAAACUUACAAGUUCUGGUGAAUCAAGUGAUGAUGAAGAAUUCUUUGAGUGUAAUGAUGAUGAAAAUAACCAGUCUGGUGAAAAAGAUGAAGAUACUUCUGCUGGGAACCAGACUUCUGAAAACCAGCAGCAGAUGCAGGAUGAAAAUCAAUCUGAUAAUGAGGGUAACCAGUCUGUAAAUAAUGAAGAUAACCAGUCUGAAAAUGAAAUGGAUUGUGAACCAGUCAAUAUUUCACAGACUAGUUCUCAAAAUACAUCAUUGACUGAUUCUCAGAUUAGAGAAUUUGACUGGUUCGAGCAGAGACAAAGUGAUUUAAAAUUGGUGGAAUUUUGUGAAGAAAAAAUGUAUAUACCAAUAACACAAGAGCCGGCGCCCAUGACUGAAGAUAUGUUAGAGGAGCAUGCUGAAGUUCUUGCUAAACUUGGAACAUCAGCAGAAGGGGCGGAGCUAAGAGCAAGAAUGCAGAGUGCUUGCCUAUUGUCAGACAUGGAGUCAUUUAAAGCUGCUAACCCAGGAUGUGUGUUAGAUGACUUUGUAAGAUGGUAUUCACCUAGAGAUUGGAUAGAAGAGGCAGUUGAAGAUGACAAUGGUGAUGUCACAAUUGAAGGUCAUUUGAGCCAGCGUAUGCAGAUUCCUGGCAAUGUAUGGGUUGAGGUUUGGCAGACAGCCAGACCGGUUCCUGCUAGACGUCAGAAACGGUUGUUUGAUGAUACGAAAGAGGCAGAAAAGGUCCUACAUUUUCUGUCAUCAUUAAAACCAGCAGACGUUGUAGUUCAUCUGAUGCCCAUGUUGAUACAUGCUGCCCUCCUAAAAGCCAUGGAGAAUGAUGAUCCUAAAAUACCUGUAUUGAAGCAGGUAAUAGAACAAGCGUGUGUUAAAGCAUCACAAGUGACCAGGUCUCCAAAUCAAGAUGCUAAACGUUAUGAGGAACUUAUAAGAAUGGUAAUGCAGGCAGAAAUUAUCAUCGCAAGAAACAUCUCCUUGCAGUCCAAGUUCACAUCGGAGCUUCUUGAACGACCUGACGCCAAAGAGGAACUCGAACAUUUUGUGGCAACAAUUUUACAGAACUCAGAGGUACCAGUUAGAGGAGGACCAAUGGGUCCAGCAGGGAACAUCAUCAGCAAAUUGUUCCAAGCUGCUCAAAGAGCUUCAUACAUGAUACUGGAUGAAGAAGAUGUGGGCGAGGCUAGGAUGGAAGAUGAUGAUGAUGCAAGACUUAAUAGUUCAGUGCCGAAUUUCCCCCGGCCUUCAGCAAGAGAGUACAUACUGCGGACAUUUGUGCCAAGACCAGCCCCUUAUUCUAAACAGUUACCACAUAGAUUAUUCUGUUGUAUUGAGGAGGAGGAGUUUAGAAUUGCUGGGGCGUUUUUUAGUGACUCAGUGUUUCAAUAGUUUUAAGAAUUUAGGUCUUUAUAUUGAUAAAUUAUUACACGCUGUGCUGUGUUAUGUCCUUAGUUAUUUAAAUUUUUACUUUUCUUUUUGGAAUAGGUUUUACUUAAACAUAAUAAAAAAAUAAUUAUACUUCUGAGAGGGAUAAUCCUUUCUAAAAAUAGAAUUGUUUUUUUUUAUAGAAAGGACCACAAUCCCUUGAAUAACUAUCAGUUGUUUGGCUGAUCUUCUGGCUGAUGGGCAACAGUUGUUUACAUGAUUUACAAAAAUGUUCAUCUGGGCAUUAAUCAAGAAGAUUUAGAAAUACAUGUCGCUUAUCUUUGUGCUUGUUAAAACAUGGGCCACAAUUACAUGACAACUUAAACCUUGCUCGACUAAUAGUUAAGAAAUAUUUUAGCCUGCAGACCUAAAAUCUUGUGUGGAAAUUGGUUGAACUCAAUUGUGUUGCGUUGUCCAAAUGUCAAGAUCAUCUUGGCAUUGGCCACAAAAAAGCCUCCCUGACUAGUAACCAAAACUAUUGAUCAUAGCUUGCUUCAUUGGAUAUCAUAUAGUCAGUCUUAUUAAAGGAAAUAAUUAUGUUUAACCCCAAUAAUUGUUAAUUUGGAUACAUGUAAAAUGUAUUAGCUAUUGUGGAUUGUGAUUGCUAAGUAUUGUGUAUUUGUGUCAUAUACAUGUACAUGUUAUUUAUUGUUUUUGUUUGUUAACAUUUGCAAUUUUAAAUGCUAUUAAACAUGAUACACUGGCAAA